UUGGAGCUCCCUGGAACUGUAAGUCACGAUGUAUGUAACCAAUCUUCCCCAAAUCAAAUUUAGUUUCUCAAUUUCUCAACACCCCCAUCAAUCGUUUUUAAUUCACUCGCAUGUUGGAACAUCUUAUUCGAUGAUAUUUAAGACCUCAAGAAGAAGAAGAAUUGAAAAUCCACAUUCGUUAAACCUCAAAUUAUGCUCGGCACGUCCACUCGUCACAAGGGUCGGUAGCAGUAGUGACAGCGGUGGCACUUUUGAUGACGCUACCCCACAAAAAGUUUCUGAUGGUAGUUCUGAUUUUGAGACGAGCAGCUCACCUAUCUCUGGUGAUGGCUAUGUAGGCUUGUUUAUUCGGAUGCUAGGGUUAGACAACGAUCCCUUAGAUAGAGAGCAAGCAGUUGAUGCAUUAUGGAAGUACUCUUUGGGUGGAAAGCAGUGUAUUGACGCAAUCAUGAAAUCCCGUGGUUCUGUUUUCCUCACCGUAAAUCUUCUAAACUCAGAGUCAUGUGUUGCAUGUGAAGCAGCUGCAGGCCUUUUGAGAAUGAUAUCCUCAGUUAACAUCUACAGAGACUUGGUAGCAGAAAGUGGGGCCAUACAAGAGAUCUCUAGCCUUCUGAGACGAUCUUCACUGUCUUCUGAGGUAAAAGAGCAAAGUCUAUGUUUAUUGUCAAACUUGUCCGUUGAUGAGAAGCUUCGACUCCAGAUUGCGAACUCUGAUCUCCUGCCUUUACUUAUUAAGUUCUUGGAUGAUGAAGACAUGAGGGUUACCGAGGCAGCUGGCGGGGUUUUAGCUAAUUUAGCAUUGAGCCUUACUAAUCACAAAAUUUUGGUUGAAGCAGGUGUUAUCCCACCACUGGCAAAAUUUCUGAGGACGGACUUUGAAGGAUCUAAGAUCAUUAGAAAAGAAGCACAAAGUACAUUGUUGGAGCUCGCAAAGGAUGACUAUUACAAGAUUCUUUUGAUAGAGGAAGGCAUGGUUGUAGUUCCUUUAGUUGGUGCAGCAGCCUACAAGUCAUUUCGACCAUCGUUGCAUUCAUGGCCUUCUUUACCUGAUGGGUCAGAGCUAAAUGUGAAACAAAAUUUGAAGGGUCCAUCAAGGUACGGUGCAUCAGAAUUACUUCUCGGAUUACAUGUCGAAGAUGAUAAGAAUACGAAAUUAGAGGAAGCAAAGAAGAAUGCAAUAGUUGGCCGGACACAGCAACAGUUUCUUGCUCGUAUUGGAGCUAUAGAAACAGAAGAUGAGAGUAAUAAAACUGGAUCCCCAACUUCGGAUCAAAGAUUUACAAUUUUACCUUGGGUUGAUGGUGUUGCUCGUUUGGUUUUGAUUCUUGAAUUAGAAGAUGAAUCAGCUAUUGCAAAAGCUGCAGAGUCUAUUGCUGAUUCAUCUAUUAGUGAGCAUAUGAGAACCUCAUUUAAGGAAGCAGGUGCUGUAAAGAAUCUAGUACGGCUUAUCGAUCAUCACAGUGAGUCUGUCAGAUUAGCAGCAAUUCGUGCUUUAGAGAGGCUUUCAGUCAGCAAUGAUGUUUGCCAGAGACUUGAAGCCGAGGGUGUCUUGAAUCCUUUGAUAAGAUCGCUGAAAGAUUCGGAUGCCUUUGGGAAUUCAACUUAUAUGAUAAUGCAGAUCCUGAAUAUUCUUGCUCGGAUUUUAGAUCCUAGCAAAGAAAUGAAAUCAAAGUUUUAUGAUGGACCAGUUAAUGGAUCUAAGAAAGGAUGGAAUGAAGCAAGAACUUCCACUCCAAAUUUGACAUCCAGUUUGCAAACUUUUCAAGAGGGGGACCUUUCCGAUCCCACGUUCCUUUCUCGCCUAGUUGAAAUCUUGACUUCUUCUUCUCCGGUUUUGCAAACGAAAGCAGCUACCAUCCUUGAGUUCUUGACAGCAUCUGAGGCUUGUAGAGAGAAAAUCAUCUCACUUGAUAUUGAAUCUGCUUUAGACUCUCUUUUCCGACAGAAGUUCUUCAAUGGCAAAGAAGACAUGGAAACUGAGAGCGACUUUCAGGAAUUAGAACUACACACCCUAGAAAUUGAAGAAGCUGGCCUUGCUGUAUCUGCAGCAUCUCGGCUACUCACCCGGCUGCUUGACUCUGACCAGUUCCGAAAAGUUGUAAACUCGUCUAGACUCACGGAUUCCCUCCGUAACAUUCUCACCUCCAGAAUUCCUCUUCAAAACAAAGAUUGGGUAGCCGCGUGCCUUGUCAAACUCGGCUCUCUCUGGGGCCCUGCAAACCUCGGAUCAGAAAAUCCAAUCAACACCGAGGUCAUGCUAUACGAAACGAUCCCAAGACUUGUUGAGCAAAUGAAAGAUUCUUACUCUCCUGAAGCCCAGGAAGUUGCUGUUUUAGAACUCAACAGGGUAAUUUCUGAAGGGGUUGUGGAUUCUAGUCGGGUGGUGGCCGGUGAAGGAGGGAUUUUUCCAUUGGUGAAGCUGAUCGAAGAAGGAAACGAUAAGGUGGUGGAAGCCGGUUUGGCUAUACUUUAUAAUCUAAGCAUGGACCCCGAGAACCACCCUGCCAUCAUAGCGGCAGGAGUGGUGCCAACACUGAGAAGGAUCGUUCUUUCCGAGAGGCCGCAGUCGGUUCGCGCCCUUCAUCUGCUCAGGACGCUGCCUACUUGAAACAGCUGAGAUUCAAGGUGUUUUCUGCUUGAUAAUUGAUCAAAACCGGUAUCCCACUACAACCGCCGGCGGGAAAACAACAAAAGGAGAAGAAACCCUCAGUUGCAGAAAUAGAACGAGC